CUUUGGCACAUAACUUUUGAAAGAAGAUCAAAAAAAAAAUAAGAGCAGCACAAUGAAGCUUCUCCUCAUCACAACUUUUGUAGCAACCAUCUGCUAUGUCAGUGCAGGCAAGAGACAGAGGAUGCUGGCAGCCAUGAACGCCAUGAACGGAGGAGGCAUGAACGGAGGAGGCAUGAACGGAGGAGGCAUGAUGGGAGGCAUGAUGGGAGGAAUGAACGGAAACCCUGCAAUGAUGGCUGGAGGCCUGAACCCACCCAUGGUAGCUGGUGGUGGGGCUGGUUUCAUCGGGCAGCCGCAGUUUGCUCAGUUUGUUCCUCCAGUUCCUGCUUUUGCUGCACCGGCCCCCAUCCCCAAUGUGUAUGCUGUCCCUGCAGUCAAUGGGUUUCCUUUCAUGGGAGUCCCUCAGGUGGCACAAAUGGCUCCUCCUCAGCAGCCUCUGAUGGGGAUCACCACUGGAGCCCUGCAACAGCAGCUUCCUGUCCAGCCUGAUCCACUCAGAAGAUUCAGGCGCCAGAUUAUGAAACAAGACAACAUCCUCAAAACCACUGUGGAUACUCAGAUCCCAGCUCCCACUGAAACGACAUCAACAAUCCCCUGUGACGAUGAUCAUCAUGACGAUUAUUAAUAUGAUACUCUUAAUUAAUCAAAUACGCAAGAAUAAUCAAAGUCAUGAUAAAACUUGAAUUAUGUGAUUUUGUUUCACCAAUCACCAGUGACUGUGGAA